UGGUUCAUCGGGUUUCUAGCAGUUGGGUUUGGGAUGACUGAUACAUUCUGUACGAAACACUGACGAUAUGGCCACCUGAAGUUCGCGCCGACUUGAGAGACGCAAGAGGCAAUAUCGACACGGAAACUACACCGAUAUCCUGCGACCCUCAGUUGCAGUUUCAUGUCAAUGCGGGAGACUGCGGGUUCGAGCGCUACGGUUAUGCGGAUAAUCCACCUUGCUCGUAACUUGUCGGGACUCUGUCUCAUAUUUAAAGCCUUAGGAGGCGUAGUUUCACCACUCUUCUUCAUUCACCAUGGCUGCCUCACAGUGGGCAAUAGAACCAAUCAGCAUAGUCACCGUCGUUCUGGCAUGCACUAUUCUGGCAUUCACAUAUGCCACCAAUCGACGAAACAAGGUCCCCUUUCCGCCAACACCACCCGGAAACUGGCUUUUGGGAAAUGUGAGCCAAGUUCCCCGUCGCCAGUCUUGGCUCCAGUUCACGGCUUGGAAAGAAACAUACGGCGACAUCGUCCAUCUCAGACUAGUCAACAAGCAUAUGAUUAUAUUGAACAGCAAGAAAGUUGUGCUUGAUUUACUCGAAAGCCGUUCAAACAUCUACUCUCAAAGACCUAGAUCGGUCUUGUUGGACGACGUAAUCAAGGAAUUCAGCGACGACGUUUUCAGAGUUCGGAUCGACGAUCCUCACUUCAAAGCCCACCGUCGGAUGAUGCAUUCUGGUCUUGGACCUCGUGCAGUGCGCGAAUACCAACCUUUGCAGAUCCAGGAGACGAGUAUUAUGCUUAGGAGUCUUGCAGAUGAUCCCGAUAGAUUUAUAGCCCAUAUACGAAGGAAUGCUGGUGCGCUCAUCAUGAAGGUGGCAUACGGCUAUACGGUCUCAAGCGUAGAUGAUUACUAUCUCAAGCUCGUCGAAAGGCACUUUGAAAUUUUGGAAGAAACAUUGUCUCUCCCGUAUAUGGUUGAGUUCUUCCCAUUCCUCAAAUACUUGCCGUCCUGGGUUCCGUUUGCUGGUUUCCGAAAGGCAGAAAAGAUUCUCAGAGAGAAUGAUAUCGACCACAUUCCUUUCGCGUGGGCGAAAAAACAAGUCGAAGCGGGUGACUACGCUGAUUCUUUCUUCGCUCGGUUUUUCCAGAAAGAGGAUGGUGCUCCUCUUUCUCAGGACGAAGAGAGAACGCUGAUGAAAGUCUGCUCAGCACUCUACAUUGGUGGUGCUGAUACUACUGUUGCAGCAUUAACGUCCUUUUUCUACCUCAUGGAAACACACCCUGAGAUUCAAAAACGGACACAAGCAGAAGUCGAUGCGGCGACGGGAGGGGAUCGUCUGCCACACCCAGACGAUGAGGGUAAAAUGCCCUACUUAACGGCGGUCAUCAAGGAAACAUUGCGUUGGUCGCCCGUAGCACCACUAGGUUUAUUCCAUUCCCUCGCUCAAGACGAUAUAUAUGAUGGCUAUCUAAUUCCUAAAGAAUGCCAAAUUCUAGCUAAUAUCUGGGCAUUAACGCACGACCCAGAGACCUAUCCAAACCCCGAAGUUUUCGACCCAGAACGUCAUCUCGGUGAGAAUCCUCAACAAAAUCCGUUCGAUUUCGUGUUUGGAUUUGGUCGUCGCUCAUGUCCGGGUUCUCAUUUGGCCGAGCGCUCUCUUUUCCAGAACACGUCGAACAUCUUGGCGGUGUUUAAUAUCGAAAAGAAGAAAGAUUCGGAAGGAAAUUCAAUCGAACCCGCGGUCGAGUUCCAUGGCGGAGUUACCUCCCAUUUGAAGAAUUUCCCAGUCGAGAUGGUUAUUCGUUCUCCCUCCCUGCUCCCAACGGCUUAAUCACUUCAGUCUAUAAACCGCACCACUCACUAUAUAUUGGUUGUUGAAAUUCUCGUUAGGGCUUCCAUAAGCUUACUGUAGAGUACAAAUGGGUAGAUUGCUCGACGUGUAACACUAACUAUUAGGCUGCUUAUAUAGUACUUACGCAGAAUCCUGAUUCUGCAAGACAAAGCCAUGCUACGCGGCUCUAUGCGGC